AGCGACCCCUUCUCCCACCUCCAUCGUCCCGGCGCCCGCGGGGAUUUUAAGCGGCGCCGCUGGCAGAAAAUGGCGGGUGGCGCGCGUCCCCUCAGAGCACCGGGCGGACUCGCGGCGCGGCCGCUUGAGGGGCGAUGAGCGGCGGGCGGCAGAGCACCCUGCCCCAGGCGUGGCGGCUGCCCGCCCAAAAUGCUCCGGAGAAGGAGAACGAGGAGGUGGCAGACGAUGAGCUGCUGUUGGCGGCGGAGCCAGCGCCGGGUUUCUGUGAGGCCGCGGGCUCCAUUUGGAUCUACCCCACCAACUACCCGGUGCGCGGUUACCAGGAGCGCAUGGCCCGCGCCGCCCUGCUGGGAAACACGCUGGUCUGCCUGCCCACCGGGCUGGGGAAAACCUUCGUGGCCGCCGUCGUCAUGUACAAUUUUUACCGCUGGUUCCCCUCCGGCAAGGUGCUGUUCCUCGCCCCGACCAAGCCGCUGGUGGCCCAGCAGAUGGAGGCGUGUGCCCGGGUCAUGGGUAUCCCGGGCCGGCACAUGGCCGAGAUGACAGGGGGAACCCAAGCCCUCAGUCGGAAGGAACUGUGGGCCACCAAGAGAGUCUUUUUCCUUACGCCUCAGAUAAUGGUGAAUGACCUGUGUCGGGGGACAUGUCCUGCUGUGGAGGUUAAAUGUCUGGUUAUCGAUGAAGCCCACAAAGCUCUUGGAAAUCACGCCUACUGUCAGGUUGUGAGGGAACUAAUCAAGUACACACAUCAGUUUCGGGUCUUGGCCCUGAGUGCCACACCGGGCGGCGAUACGAAGGCUGUGCAGCAGGUGAUUUCCAACUUGCUCAUUGCGCAGAUCGAGCUGUGCACUGAAGACUCUCCAGAGAUCCAGCCCUAUUCUCAUGAGCGACUGGUGGAAAAGAUUGUUGUUCCGCUCGGUGAAGAGCUGACAGAAAUCCAGAACGCUUACAUCCGGGUGCUAGAAACGUUUGCCGGACGCCUGAUUAAAAUAGGAGUUCUAGCAAGACGGGAUAUUCCCAGCCUUACAAAGUACCAGAUAAUUCUAGCAAGAGAUCAAUAUAGAAAAAACCCUUCUUCACAAAAUAUGGGAAUGCAUCAAGGCAUAAUUGAAGGAGAUUUUGCGCUUUGUAUCAGUUUAUAUCAUGGUUAUGAGCUGCUGCUGCAAAUGGGAUUACGGUCAUUAUAUAUCUACCUUUGCGGAAUUAUGGAUGGAUCAAAAGGGCUGACCCGUGCGAAGAACGAGCUUGGUCGGAACGAGGACUUCAUGAAGCUGUAUCAGCAGCUCGCAGCCAUGUUUUCAGAUGCAUCUCAGGCUUUAGCAAAUGGGAGUGUUGACAAACCAGCGUUUGAAAAUAAAAAGGAGUUUAUCUACAGUCAUCCGAAACUAAGGAAAUUGGAGGAAAUUGUAGUAAAGCACUUCAAAUCCUGGAAAAAGGAAUGUUCUGCAGGUGAAGGCGCGACCGGAAGCACCUCUGCCGGUGCUGCGGAUACCAGAGUGAUGAUCUUCUCGUCGUUUCGAGACAGCGUGCAGGAAAUCGCAGAGAUGCUGUCGCGGCUCAGCCCGCUUGUCAGAGCGAUGACGUUCGUUGGCCACUCCACGGGAAAGAGCACAAAGGGCUUCACGCAGAAGGAACAGCUCGAGGUGGUGAAACGCUUCCGUGAGGGCGGGUAUAACACCCUGGUGUCCACCUGCGUCGGGGAGGAAGGUCUGGACAUCGGGGAGGUGGAUCUCAUCGUCUGCUUCGACGCCCAGAAGAGCCCGGUGCGGCUGGUGCAGAGGAUGGGCCGCACGGGCCGCAGGCGCCAGGGCCGCAUCGUCCUCAUCCUCGCCCAGGGCCGUGAGGAGCGGACUUACAAUCAAAGCCAGUCUAACAAGCGGAGCAUCCACAAAGCUCUUUCGGGAAACAAAACGCUUCGUUUCUACCAGCACAGCCCGCGUAUGAUUCCAGAAGGCGUCGAUCCAAAGCUGCAUAAAAUGUUUAUUACUGCUGAGAAAUAUGACCCAAGCGAUUCAAGGAUGCUUUCCAAAGAGAAAAGAUGUAGUUCCCUCCAGCAUAAAUCUGCUCUCUUUUCCUGUGUCACCGGCCAGAAGCAAAUACAGUGCCAUGAGAGCUGGUCUCUGUCGGCUGAGGAAUUUGAAACAUGGGACAGACUUUACAGGAUUAAGGAGAGUGAUGGAAUAAAGGAACCGAUAUUGCCCCAAACUCGUUUUGAAACCUUGGAAAACCUGGAAGAGGUAUCGCUGCAGCAGCACGAAGACAAAGCGACUCACGAGCUUUCCCUGUCCGAAUGGAGAAUUUGGCAGAAUCGUCCUUUCCCUACGUUCAUGGUCGAUCACUCGGAUCGUUGCUGCCACUUUAUCCGCGUUAUGGAAAUGAUAGAGCUGAUGAGACUGGAACAGGGAGACUGCGGCUACGAACUGGAGCUUCAGCCUCACCUGCGGAUGGAAGACGUGACUGUUCAAAGGAAUAAAAGCCACCUUUCCGUGAGCAGCUCCACAUCCGAUCAGAAAGCACGCUCAUCUAGAAAAGACGUAGCACACAGAUCGAAAGUAAAACCGUUUUCACCUGAUACCAAUGAUAAUGGAAGCGAAUUCUUUACCACAUUUAAAAUAACAAAACCAAAGGCUCCUAAAAGAACCUCCAGGGCAGAUUUGGAAGUGGCCAUGCCGCCUUCAGACCCCGGUGCUUCGGGUUCUGGCUCAGCCAGCAGGCCGGUUCUGCUGGGAAGUACCGACCAGCACAGCCCAAACCACGAGGAGCUGCAGGUGACGUUUGACUUAAGUGGAUGCAGUGACCGGUGCGGCAGCAGUGCAAGUGCUGUCAUCCAGGAAAGCGCGGCGAUAAAGGAACAUGAAACUGUAGGUGAAGCCUGUAGGUCACUGGGGACGAACCAUGCAGAUUCGGGUUAUAGUAGCUUCACAGCUGAGAAAUCACCUGUGUCCCCUGACUUAUUUUAUCUUUCUGAAUCAUAUGUGAACUCUUUUGCACUUGUGAGACCAUCUGAGGAGCCUCCUUGGUUAGAACAAGUAUUUUCCCGUGUGAAAAGGCUUUUAUCACAAUCUCCUCCCGCUUUGAAUAAACUCGAUGAUUUUGAAAACGUGAUGAGAAAUGAAGAAACAAUAUGUCCUUUUCAAAAAGGUAUUUCUGAUAGCUGUUCAGAGAGACUGCGGGCCAGGGUCUGUUCUGUGUCCUCAGAAGGUGACCGUUCGCUGCAGCUCUUUGAGAACCCCGAGCUGGACGUCGGCGGUGAAUUGUGUGCUCCUGUGAGUACCUGUCUUCCAAAACCUGUGUCAUCUCCUGAGACUGCAGCCGUUGAGGACAAGGAGGAACUUCACUGGAGUGACAGCUUCGAGAGCCUGUUUGACAAUGAAGAAUUCACAGAAAUUGAAAAGAAAACUCCAACAAUGAAUCACACGCUGACAAAUAACCCCUCAAAAUACUCUGUUCAAAAAGAUACAGAAGAUCUUGACAUUAACAAGAAAAAUGUGGUUAUUGUUGGAGAGCAGAGUGUGCGUUUAUUUGAAGAUGACCCCACAUAUGACACGGGGGAGGGAAGCUCUUCCCCGGGCGCGGAGCGGGGCUGUGAGCGGCGUCCAGCGGAGCAGACGCGGGGGAGCAGCCGCCCCGCCUGCCCGGAGCAGCCGGCGAGCAGGGCACCCUCAGCCGCGGGGCCGCCGGGUGACAGCGAGCGCCUUCUGCACGAUGACGACAAUCUCUAUGACUGUUCCCAAGAGCUGUUUUCUGUUAAUUUUGAUCUGGGAUUUUUCAUCGAAGAGUCUGAGAACGAAAUCUUGGAAGAAAAUAUAAAUACUAAUACCAGAAAAUUAAAUGGUGCCGCAGGGAGUCACGUACAUGUUAAAUCCACUAAAGAUGAAAAGAAAUUACAGGAUGAUAGCUCCGGACUUGAAAUAUCGCCAAAACAGGACGGCAGAAGUCUUGGGAGAAGAGACAUUUCCACACCGCUGUCGUUCCUGAGCAGGAGUGAUGGAGAAGGGGCUGGGGGUGACAGCGCUUGGCCCUGCUCCAGGCCGGGGGCCAGAGGAGGGGCCGGGGGUGACAGCACUUGGCCCUGCUCCAGGCCAGGGGCCCGAGGAGGGGCCGGGGGUGACAGCACUUGGCCCUGCUCCAGGCCGGGGGCCCGAGGAGGGGCCGGGGGUGACAGCACUUGGCCCUGCUCCAGGCUGGGGGCCACAACAGGCAGCGGGUCACCUGCUGCACUUUCCACCCCAACAGGCAGAAGGGGGUUGAACAGUGAAGCUAUCGAAAGAACAGCUCUGAACGUGUUCUCUAGAGCCAGGGAGGCCAUUCCGGAGCUGCCUGUGACGGAUCAGGUGGAUCCCAGCCCCCGCAGGCAGGACGUGGGGAGCUCGGCUGGGGACGCGCUUGGUUCCCCUUUGGGAAGAACUGGAAACGCCACAGACACCACCCUGCACAGCUCACGGGUGUCUCCUGCCCAAGGUGGGGGUUUCACAGGAACCAGCAGUGACAGUGAAGAGGAGAUCGUUUGCCAGAGGAAAAAUAGGAAACGAAUGAAUGUUUUGAAGUCUCCUGAUGUUAUGAACGACAGUGAUUUCGAAUCGCCGAUUCGUCCCAUCAGGAAGCGUCGACACCUGCUUAACAUGUCGGACGCGUCCAGUGAUGACAGUGCGGAUCUCCACAAGAACUCCGGCGGGACCACAAAGAGCAGCUGGAGCAAAAAGCAGCUGAGACGUGUGAAGCGGCUGAAGGUCAAGAGCGGUUUUACAUACAGGAAAGCAGCAAGGCAGUUUUUAGAUGAAGAAGCGGAGCUGUCCCAGCAGGACGCAGAUGCUGUUUCGUCUGAUGAGAGCGACGAUGCAGAGAGCGAGCUGAGCUCUUCGCUCGCCCAGUUCCUGAAUGACGAUGCAGAGGCCACGCAGGUGUUAAAUGACUCUGAGAUGAAAGGAGUUUACCUGAAAUCUGUACGAAGUCCAGCUCUUGGCAAUAGAUACAAAAUGGUUCAUCGUGAGUUCGACAACAUGGACAUUUUCUCACAGAUUCCUGAGCAAGACCAGGCGUACGCAGAAGACAGUUUCUGUGUUGGAGAGGAGGAAGAGGACACUUGCAAAACCAGUGAAUCUAGUGAGGAAGAAGUGUGCGUUAAUUUUGAUCUCCUAAAUAACCAGAGUUUUGCUGGCGGCAGAAAACAAUAUCUCACCCGCCGCAGGAAGAAGCUCAACCAGGCCAGGAUGGAAGAGAGCUGCUCUGAGCCCACGCCAAAGAAGAAACCAGCCCGAAUUAUUGUUCUCAGUGAUUCCAGCGGGGAAGAAACAAGUGUCAGCCAAGGGAAGGCCACGAAAACAGGCUGUUUGGGGGCAGAACGGGAAAGCGCUGCAGUACCCAGGUCAUUGCCUCCAGUCUCUGCAGUGCAGCGCAACAAAACUGCUGGGGAAAUCAGCGUUCGUCAGCCUGGGGAGAGGAAGAGUGAGAAGCUUCUCAGCUUGAAAGCUUCAGAAUCCGAAAUGCUGGAUUUUCAGCCCCAGCGUCCAGCCCGGAGCACACACGUCCCACCCGCCGUCCCGGGCUCGGGGAAGGAGCGUCUCCAGGCUCCCCAUCAGCAUUUGCAGGUGGACAGUUCCUGGGAGAACAGCCGUGGGGAAGCCGCGGUCCCGCCGUGCGCAGCCCCUGCCGGUCCCUGCCCGCCGGGGCCCCGGGCCGCGCCGUGCGUGCUGGCGGCCGGCCGGGAGGUGUCCUCGGGCCCGCGCGUCAUCUCCUCCCUGCGCGCCCACGGCCUCCCCGUGCAGCUCUGCGCGCUCCGCGCCGGCGACUACGUGGUCAGCAACCGCCUGGCGGUGGAGAGGACGCUCCGCUCCGAGCUGCUGGGCUCCGCCGACAGGAGGGAACUCGCGCAGCAGAUCCAGCGCCUGCGCGGCGUGUUCGAGAGGGUCUGUGUCAUCGUGGAGCAGGACAGGAGCAAGCCAGGAGAGCUGUCGCGCCCGGUGCAGAGGCCGCAGCACUACGACGGGACGCUGUCCGCCCUGGUGCAGGCCGGCGUGCGGCUCCUCUUCAGCUCCUGCCAGGAGGAAACGGCGGCGUUGCUGCGGGACCUGGCGCUGGUGGAGCAGAGGAAGAGCGCGGCCAUCCGCGUGCCCACGGAGCCGCAGGGCCACCGGCGGGACCUGCUCAACUUCUACCUGAGCAUCCCUCGGCUCAGCUACCCCGCUGCCCUCAACAUGUGCCACCACUUCGACUCGCUGCGGAACAUGGCCAACAGCUCCCCGCAGGCCAUCGCCGCCGCCGCCCAGGUCAGCCCGCAGAAGGCCGAGGAGAUUCACCGCUACCUGCACCACGGCUUCGACGCGCAGCUGCUGCCCGAGAGCCUCUGCGCCACGGGGACAGGACCCGCAGGUGCCCGGAGCUGAGGGGAGGGACACUGGCUGUCUGAUACUCUUAACUGCACUUUACUGAGUCUUGAUUACCUGUCAAAUGUGUAAAUAAAUCCUUGCACACACCUCCGCUGCUGUUUGUCACGCUGCGGGUGGACAGGGUGGCGAGUGGAGCGAGGCAAGUGGCUGGUUCGUG